GUAGUAGGCUUAGUAAAGAUUAUACUAUUUUACCUAAGGAGGUGUAUGAAGAAGAUAUGAAAACAAUUAUGCUUGUAGACAAAUAUCUGAAACAAUUAUAUAAUCUAACAUUUGCAUAUAUAGAAUACUUGGGGUGUUCUGCUCAGAAUGGUUGUCACAAAGAUAAAUAUAAUUGGAAAGGUUGUAUUUCAAUUUUUUAUGACAAGCUACUUAAUUUGUAUAAUAUUGAGUAUUAUAGAAAUCAUGAUCCAGAUCACAAUCUGGAAAACUAUUUUAGAUAUCAA